GGUAUAACUUCCGGGGGUCAUUACACGGAGGUCAAAGUGUCCAUGCGUGUUAUAUAUUCUUCAACUGUAUGGUUAUAGACGUUUAUAGAUAUAGGAUACCAAAUAAAUCUGGUCGUUUUCACAAGUAGAAUUCAUUAAAUAUGAGUGGACCGACAAAGAAAGCCGGAUCGGCGUCAUCUGGAGUCUCGGAAUGGAUCGGGAAAGCCUGUCGUUUUGCCACAGACAGAAAUGAUUUCAGAAGGAAUCUCCUCGUCAACCUGGGUCUGUUUGCAGCAGGCGUUUGGGUAGCGAGAAACCUGUCAGAUUUUGACCUCAUGGCCCCUCAGCCAGUAACAUAGGUGGACAGAAGUGUGUGGAAAUCAUAAUGCAACAUUAAUGUAACAGAUGCUGACCAAACUAUCCAUCUUAAAAGAAAAUGGCCUGCUACACAGUGACCAAUGGCUGGAAGGGGUUGUCUCCCGUGAUAGUGUGUUGAAUUAAGAAUUUUCUUAUCGUAAUAAAAGUGUUCUGUUUGUGCUGCUUUCUAAGUUUUGCUUGAGAGGUGACAUGCUGUGAUAUUUAAAAUGGAUAAAAGUUCCCUAAAGUAAAA